AUGCUCACGCUGAGCCCGGCUGCGUUGGACCUCAUCUCACGAGCAUCACCCUUCUUGGAUGUUUCCGUCCUCUCUUGCCGCACGACGACCGUCGGGCCUCUCACCUCUUCUUCUGGGCGCGCUUUGUUCGUGACAUACAGGAUUGCGGAGGCAAAGGAAGACAGGGGGGAGAUCGUCGUGCGCAAUCCGCGCGCCGAUGCGCGGGAGCCCCCCAAAAGCUUCUUCUUCGAUGCCGUUUUUGGCGACCGGUCUGCUCAGGAGCGGGUUUAUGAGGUCUGCGGGGCGCCUCUGGUGGAGUCGGUCUUGCAAGGAUACAACGGAACGAUCUUCGCGUACGGCCAGACUGGCGCCGGCAAGACUCACACCAUGGAAGGAUAUCCCGACCCGCCGGAGCUCAGGGGAAUAAUCCCUAAAUCCUUCGAGCACAUCUUCGACAAGAUAGCCCUCGCGGACAACGUGCAGUACCUCGUGCGGGCGAGCUACCUCGAGAUCUACAACGAAGAGAUCCGAGAUCUGUUGUCGAAGGACCCCAAGGAUAAGCUCGAGCUGAAGGAGAACGUGGACAGCGGAGUUUACGUGAAAGACCUCACGACUUUCGUGGUUAAGAGCGCGAUGGAAAUAGACCACGUCAUGCAGGCCGGCAAGAAGAAUCGAUCGGUGGGGUCGACGAUGAUGAACCUCACCUCUUCGAGAAGCCACUCCAUCUUCUGCAUCGUCGUGGAGUGCAGCCAGAGCGACGAUCGCGGGGACCACAUCCGUGUUGGCAAGCUCAACCUCGUAGACUUGGCGGGUUCCGAGCGGCAGAGCAAGACGGGCGCGACGGGGGACAGGCUGAAAGAGGCGAACAAGAUCAACUUGUCCCUAUCAGCCCUAGGGAACGUCAUCAGCGCACUCGUGGACGGGAGGUCGCUCCACAUUCCGUAUCGAGAUUCCAAGCUGACGCGGCUACUGCAGGACAGGUACGCUAACCGUGCCAAGAACAUCAAGAACAAGCCAAAAAUCAACGAAGACCCCAAGGAUGCCAUGCUGCGAGAGUUCCAGGAGGAGAUCCAGCGACUCAAAGACCAGCUGGCUGGGCAAGGCGGUACCGUGGACGGAGACGGAGAAUCCGGGCAGGUCAUCGGAUCGCUCGGAGGCGGCCAGGGGGCCAAGGUCGUGGGGGUGAGCGAGGAGGAACUGACCAAGUUGCAGGAUGACGCCGAUCGCAGAGAAAAGCAGCUCAAGCAGCAGGCUGCCGAAGACAUGAAGAAGCUCCUCGACGCCCACGCGAAGACCGCAGACGAACGGCAGGCCCUGAGCGAGAGGCUCGAGAGCGAGGCGGUAGAGAGGCGCAAGAUAGAGAAGACCAAGGGGAUGCUCCUGGGCAAGCUUCAGGCCAUGGAGGCCAAGCUCAUCCAGGCAAGCAAGUAG